CCCCAAACAAAACUGGCCUCACUCCCGUCCCCAUUUUCCUCUGUUUCAAACUUUUGUUUUUUUGUGUUUUAUUUCAUUCUCUUCUUCCUCUUCUUUUUUCUAUGAAUUUUAUGAUAAAGACAACCACCACUGAAAUAGAAACAACGAGGGACUAGCCAUCUUAAUUAGCUAAGCAAAGGGGACUGGGCUGGGCUGGCUUCGUCAACGUCAAAAUGCUUCCCAUGAAUAAUCUGAUGCUUGUUUCGAUUCUCUCCUCCAUAUGUGUUGUUACUCUGCUCAGAUUUCCCAGCCCCGCUGAAGCUGCUGACCUCAGCCAUUUCUGCCCAAACACCACCACCUUUACCCCAAACUCCACAUUCCAGUCCAAUCUCAACCGCCUUCUCUCCACCCUAUCCUCCAACGCCACCCGUCCCUCCGGCUUCUACAACGCCACCGCCUCCUCCUCCUCCCCAAACGACACCGUCUACGGCCUCUUCCUCUGCCGCGGAGACGUCGCCGCCGACGCUUGCAAAACCUGCGUCUCCACCGCAACCUCCGAGGCCGUCCAGCGCUGCCCCACCGAGAAACAGGUUAUCAUCUGGUACGACGACUGCAUGCUGCGCUAUUCCAACGAGUCCUUCUUUUCCACCGCCGCCGAGUCGCCUGGCAUUUUCAUGUGGAACACCCAGAACGCCACCGAACCAACCCGGUUCAACCAGGUCUUGGCGACGGGCAUGAACGACGUGGUCACCGAGGCUGCCAACGACGCCGACAAGUUUGCGACGAGUCAGGGGAAUGUUAGUGGGUUGGUUUCGAUUUACAGCCUGGGGCAGUGCACGCAGGACCUGUCCUCAGCGGAUUGCAACCGGUGUCUCACGGGUGCCAAAGCCCAAUUUCCGAAUUGUUGCAAUGGAAAGCUCGGGGCACGAGUUUUGUAUCCGAGUUGUACCGUUAGGUACGAAGUCUACCCCUUCUACCUCCAAAACUCCACGUCAGCACCUCAGCCUUCACCGGGGGCUCUGCCUCCUCCUCCUCCUCCUCCGCCGCCGCCUAAAGGAAAAAGCAAAAUCCCUACAAUUGUUGCCAUUGUUGUCCCAAUUGCCGUCUCUGUUCUACUUUUUGUUGUGGGCUGCUGUUUCGUUACUAGGAGAGCAAGAAAGAAGCGCAGUGCAGCAGCAGAGGCACCAAGCGGUGUGAAUGACAUUAGUAGUGUAGAGUCUUUGCAAUUUGAUUUUAGUACCAUUGUAGCGGCCACGAACAAUUUCUCUGAUGAUAAUAAGUUAGGGGAAGGUGGAUUUGGUCAAGUUUACAAGGGUAUACUUUCAAAUGGUCAACAAGUAGCUGUGAAGAGGCUUUCAAGGAACUCUGGCCAAGGUGCUGAGGAAUUUAAGAACGAGAUGGUAUUGGUAGCCAAGCUUCAACACAGAAAUCUGGUCAGGCUAUAUGGAUUUUGCUUGGAAGGAGAAGAAAAGAUACUUGUUUAUGAAUAUGUCUCCAACAAAAGCCUUGACUAUUUUCUAUUUGACCCUGAGAAACAAGGACAAUUGGAUUGGUCAAGACGUUACAAGAUUAUUGCAGGGAUUGCUCGAGGAAUAAUGUACCUACACGAAGAUUCCCGACUUAGAAUUAUACAUCGUGAUCUCAAGGCCGGCAAUAUAUUGUUAGAUGGGGAGAUGCAUCCAAAAAUAUCUGAUUUUGGCAUGGCCAGGAUUUUUGGGGUUGAUCAAACUCAAGCAAACACAAGUAGAAUUGUUGGAACAUAUGGCUAUAUGUCUCCAGAGUAUGCAAUGCAUGGACAAUUUUCUGUCAAGUCCGAUGUAUAUAGUUUCGGUGUUUUACUGCUAGAAAUCAUAAGUGGCAAGAAGAAUAGUUAUUUCUUUCAAACUGAUGCAGCUGAAGACCUCAUGAGCCAUGCCUGGAAACUAUGGAGAGAUGGGACGCCUUUGGAAUUGUUGGAUCCGAGUAUGAGAGAUUCUUAUUCCAGGAGUGAAGUUAUAAGGUGUAUCCAUAUCGGCUUACUUUGUGUUCAGGAAGAUCCAGUGGACAGACCUCCAAUGCAAUCCGUAGUUCUCAUGCUUAAUAGCUACUCUGUGACUCUGCCAUUACCUGAACAGCCAGCAUUUUUCCUUCGAAGUCGAACGGAGGGGAACAUGCCAAAGAUAACUUUGGAGUCUGAUCUAUCUAUCAGUAAGUCAACUCCAUCCGUUGAUGAAGCAUCUAUCACUGCAGUAUACCCUCGAUAGCGUGAAUGAACAAGAUGUUAUAUCUUGUAUUAUCUGUUUAUAUUUGUAAUCACAAAUGUGAAACUUGUACUCUUGGUUUCAUAUGACUGUUGUUAGGAUUGAAAACAUCAAAAGGUAUUUGUGUCUUGUGAGUUUCAAUAUCUUUGAUUUUGAUUUUUGAGCAUAGAUUUAUCAUCCACAUAACUUGGUUGACUAGGUUUUAAGUCUUCACAUCUAUAUCUUGGAAAGAUCUCUCCUUUGUGGGUCUGGGUUGAAUCUUCUGCAGUUUCGCGACGUCAAUACCUAAUAAAUUUACAACCGGCCUAAUUAGGUAGUUGUUCUUGUGGUCGCA